GCGUUAAACACACAUUCAUCUUUUUGUUCGUGUUGUGUUUGCUUUGAAGAAGUGAGGGGUGUUCUUUGUUGGUGAAUACACCCACUCACGCGUUCGUGGUUGCAGGCUCUAAUCAGAUCCCAAAUGAUCAACUUUGUGCUUCUCAUUAGUCGCCAAGGGAAGGUGAGACUGACAAAAUGGUACUCACCUUAUUCUCAGAAAGAAAGGAGUAAGGUAAUCCGUGAGCUCAGUGGAAUGAUUCUUUCCCGUGCUCCCAAGCAAUGUAAUUUUGUAGAAUGGCGAGGACAUAAAGUUGUUUAUAAAAGGUAUGCUAGUCUCUAUUUCUGCAUGUGCAUUGAUCAAGAUGACAAUGAAUUAGAAGUCCUUGAAAUAAUUCAUCAUUUUGUGGAGAUUCUUGACCGGUAUUUUGGCAGUGUCUGUGAACUGGACUUAAUAUUCAACUUUCACAAGGCCUACUAUAUACUAGAUGAAAUUCUAAUUGCCGGUGAGCUUCAAGAGUCCAGCAAGAAAACAGUUGCUCGAUUGAUAGCAGCACAGGAUUCGUUGGUGGAGAAUGCGAAGGAAGAAGUCAGUUCAUUAAGUAAUAUAAUUGCACAAGCCACUAAGUGAGGAAAACAAAUGUUUCAGUUUCCUGCUCCUCAUAUAGUAUGUCGAAUUGUCAAUGUCCGAUUUUACUGUUACUAAGUUGUCUUUCUUGAUGUUGUCUUUCUCACAUAUCAUGUUUGUGUAUGCCUGAACUGUAUUACUUGUUGUGGUGAGAUUGAGCCCCCAGGGUUACUUUUACUUUGCAUGUUCUGAGAUUGAAAUUGAAUAGAUUCCUUGGUAAUAUCCUUUUUCUUUUUCCCAUUUUGUAAUAUAUUGUUUGCUAUAAAGAGUUUGUAAGAAUGAUUAGAAAUUAUUUUAAUAGGUAGAGUAUUAUUUUCAUGGAUAA